GUGGGUGGAGCCAGCUCGGAGCGGCUGUUGCUUCUGGCAGCGGCGAAGCCGGAGAAGCAAAGUUGAAGGGAGUAGGAGGGCGAAGCGGGCGGCGGCGACAGCAGCAGCGCAGACGACCGGCGUAGGAAGCGGCGCCUUCUCGCGCGCGGGGCUUCGGAAGAACACGGGACGUUCCCUGCCCGGCCUCUUCCCGUUGCGCGCGGGACUCUGCUCGCCGUGAAUGUGGUUUGCAGCGGCCGCGAGCCCUGCGGCAGGAGGAGACGGCUCCGUUCCCCUCCCCCGCCGUUCCCAGCGCCAGGCAACCAAGGGCACGCAGGCCUUGCAAUAACCCGAGCUCCCGGUUCCGUGGAGCGGAAUUGGGGAAGUAGCUGCCCAGUUCUGAACCAGCCCGAAUUGCCCGGGCCGCUGGGUAAAAAUUGGACUCACCAUCUGACUUUAAACAUUAAAAACUUUUGGUAUCUAAAAGAUGUGCCAUGGAAUGGUAGGAGCAAAGAGCACCACAACAUCGUUGCUUGCCUUGAUCAGUCAUGGGAUACUUUUUCCAUUCUUUAUCUUCAGUUCCUGUAUGGUGGAAGGAUUGGAUUCAUUCUGUCCACAGCCAUCCAAACCUGAGAAUGGAGGUUACAAAUGUCAUCCAACGCCUUGCAAAGACCCACUGACAUCUGACAGUGUCAUAGAGUAUUUCUGUGACAAAGGUUAUGUUUUGAAAGGAGAUUACAAAUAUUUGACUUGCAAGAAUGGCAAGUGGAAUCCAGAAUUGGAGGUUACCUGUAGACUUAGUCAAGAUAAAGGUUCUCCUCCAAGUGUAGGAGUACCCACUUUAUCCAUAGUGGCUACUACAGCAAGUUCAGUCGCUCUCAUCCUUCUCUUAGUUGUAUUGUUUGUCUUGCUACAACCAAAACUGAAGUCAUUUCAUCAUAGCAGGCGUGAUCAAGGUGUUUCUGGGGACCAGGUUUCUAUUAUGGUGGAUGGAGUUCAGGUAGCUUUGCCAUCUUAUGAAGAAGCUGUCUAUGGCAGUGCUGGAAACUGCAUACCAUCCUCAGAUACACGAAUACAGAUCGUCCUUUCAGAAGGAGCUGGACAGAGUGAGGCAAGGGAAAUGCAACAGCCGCCACCAGACCAAGUGGGUCCCAGUGGUUUUAUUAGGGAGGAUGAAACCCCUGGACACUCUGGAUUGUGUGAAGCUGGAAGUUCUCACCACUCAGAAACUGUUCUAGUGCAUCAGGCGACCACGUCUUCCUGGGUGGCUGGCACAUCUAGUAGUAAAUCUGGGCACAAAGAGACUUUGGACUCAGAAAAUAGUGAUGUGCAAAGCCUCUUAUCGCUUGCGUCCUCAGAGGAGUACAUGGAUGAUAUUCCAUUGUUGAAAGAAGCAUGAGGAUUACAACAUUCAUCAAGUCUACACUCUCUAGUUUUCGGAAUGAUGAGCACUUCAUGCUGGCUUUCCCUUCCCUGAAGUGCUGCACCCUGCAUAUUUCCAGAAAAUAUCCCUUAAUUGAAGAUCCAAAGGAUGCCACCAGGACACCACCUUCGGUGAAUCAGUGGGGUGCACCAGUGCCAGCUAUCUUCUCCAUCUCAUUCUAUAAGCAUUAAAGGAGGGCUUUAGAGACUCAAGUUCCUCCAGCCUCUCCUCUUUCCCAGAUAGAUGAUUUUGAGUACAAUCUCUGAAGAGUUGCCAUUUACUUGUGCCUUGCUCCUUGUCACACUGGCUCGCUGCAAUUUCUCAUAGGCCUUGCUAGCUUCUGGACAUUUCAAAAAGCAGGGUCAAACCACAGCUUGCUUUGUUUGGUGCAGAUGGUUUUGUGCUAUUUAUUAACUACAUUGUGAAGGCAAGAAGAAUGCCUGGAGAUGGCCUGAGUGGGAGGGAGUUUAUAAAAGUCACACAUACUGGUUAUAGAUCUCAGGUGUUGAAAACUGUAUACUCCAUAAUGUAACUGCACAUCAACAUAUUAACAAGCAGUGCUGGCUGUGUUAAAGGGAAUCGCUACUGGCCACUUUAGAAAAAAUAGCUUAGGCUGCUACUUGUGCUUUGUUUUCCUCAAGGGUGAAAUAACUCUCAUAUGUUUGCAUUCAUUCUUUUCUUUUUUCAUUCCACCACACCCACUAGGACAUUCUUAUCUCUUUGAACACGCUGUGGCAUACAUUGAGGGCUGCAGAAAGCUUUGGGAAAGUCCCUUAUAUGUAGCCAGAUUUAAGAGCACUUGCAUGGCUAAGCCCAUGUCCUCAUCCUAUCAGCAAUACUGUGGCCGUAUUACAGCUGAUCCAAAGCCUUCCAUCUUUGAGUAAAUGAUUGGUUUAGUCUCUUUCAGAUAUCAAUUGAAUGUCAGUUUGUUGUGUUUGAGUAGCAUUAUCACCUGUCACGUGCAUUUCUGUGUCACCUCGCCACAGAGUAAUUUUGGCAUUGUUACUUUAUUUUGUUGCUGUGGUUGAUUUCUGUCCUUGUGGAGGUAUUGCCAGGGCCUGCAUUUUGUUCAGCUAGCAACUGUUAAUUUAAAGUAUUGAUCAUGGUUAGCAAGUAUUUAGCUUUUGAAAUUGGUAUGUCCAAUUGCCUUGAAUGAAUUAGUGAUAGUCUGCCUUAAAAAAGAGCCAUGCUGCUGUUUGUCCAGAUGCAAGAUCCUCCCUUCCUCAACAUGCUUUAUUUUUUGUGUUGCCUUCUGCAUGCUACUUCCACUUGGAAAUUUCUUACUAUGCAGGGAACAUGCUUGUUUACCUCACGUCCUCUCGCACAAGUCUGCUUUUGCUCUUGUUUUUCUAGCUGUCUGUGAACAAUGUUUCUUGACAUUAUGGAAGUAUUGAUUCCAUAGCUUUUCUUCAAGUGAACCUCCCAAAUCAAGACUUUUUGUGUGAUUUCCCAAAGAUUUGUACAACAGAAGUAAGCAGCUUAAGUACCAGUUCUCCAUCUUGUCCCAGCCCUGAGGACAUGCCAACUAUAGGCAUAAAGAACUUGGAAUGAGAAACAGCUUUUGCCUCUUUGGAUGGCUGCCCAUAAUCCCUGACUUUAGGUGGCCUGCACAAGCUCAGAAUUAUGAGUAUUCCUGUGAAUAUUCAGUAAAAUUUAGUAUUGAAACCAAAUAUUCAGAAAACCACAGCUUGCAUUUUAUCAAAUAAUAAAGGCAAAAUCUCUGACCUUUGUGAAUAUAUUCCUGCAAAUUUGUAGGGUAAUGUAUAUGGCAAUCUUAAGGUGUAUAAUAGAAUUUGCUGUGGCAAUGUGACACAACUUUAGAACUCUGCAUGGUUUUUUUAUCCUUCAGGAUGUGCAGAAUUACUGAGUAAACCAAUAAUUUGCUUGCUUUUGAUAAUAUGACAGAGGCAAACAAUUCUGGAUUUUCUUGGGGCCUGAUACUGGUAUCGUUAUAUAUUGCCUUGGCUUUGAUUCUGCUCUCUUGUAAGUGAAUGGAUACAUAUCAAAUAUAUAUACAUCUCAUUACAUUGAAGAUGUUUCAAUAACAGUUAGUAAGCAAAUGUGCAGGAAGAUCUAAUAAGGCUGUGCAAAUCCAUUGAAAGAGAUGCUUCCAGAUACAAGGCUGUGUAUAAAACACCUCUUCUUCAAUCAAACAACAAUCUUUUUUCAAGUUUGUGCUGCUCCAGUUAUCUCUACCUGGUUUUCUCCUAUAGCUACUUUAGUGAAAAGAGGAGCUUUGAUUGAGAUCCCACAAAGCUAGAAGCACCUCUUUCGAAGGAGUUUUACCAUCCUAAUGAUUAGAGACAUAUAAUUUCCUGAACCAAAUAACCACAAUAAUGUUCAUCAUGCUCUAUAGACCUAGCUAUUGUGGUUUAUAAAUGUUGGUGAAUGAUUUAUCAUGGUCUGUGAACACAGCCAAUUAGCUUAUUUGGUAAGAUUAAGUAACUGUGACUUAGUGCAGUGGCAAAUAUUUUGGUUGAGAUAGAGAUGUCUCAAAGCAUAGAGGGACAUUUAUCUAAUACUGGUUUAUUUCUGGACUCAUAUGACUGGAUUAGUCUUGAAUAUGAGCUUCUUUCUCACUCAGCUGUGCAGUUUUUAAACCAUUGCAUUUUAUGUAAGAACUUUGAAAUAACAUACUUUCAUUCCAUCAAGCAAAAUUUAUAAUCUUGUGUUUCCAUUCAAAAGAAGGGUUUUGGUGGAGCAGAUCUUAUUGUCAACUUGGAUGCCAAUGGGAACCAUGCAAGCAAGACAUGAAUGCAUAGGCAUCCUCCCUUUUUAAUAUGUAGCCAGCAUGUUCUGUGUACUGCAUCCGUAUGUCUCUGGAAACCUUUAGUAUAGAUAAUCUUUAUAAGGGAUUUGGGUCUUAAUAUUUUAUCUGAAUAAUUUAUAGCUGGAUCUUGUGAUUUUUUUUUCAGGGCAAGAAAUAGCUUUCCUUUGUAGAAAACUGAAUUUUGAAGAUCAACAAUAAAAAUGCCAUCUUCAAAAUUAUAAGUUACUUUUCCCUUUAUAAAAUCUAAUAUUCUCAGGUUUUUGAUUUGAUUGGCAAAUUCAUAUAAAGUAGAGAUACCAAUAGUUGUUAAAGUAUAUGCUGCGGUAUCUCUUAAGAUGUAAAUGAAUAGAAUAUUUUUUUAAUUGACAUUAAAGUUCUGACGCAUCAAAGAGCAUUAACGUAGGUUGGAAGGGCUGCUUCUCCAAUACUGUGUAGUUCUUAGGUGCCUAGUUAUUCAUUUAACUUUUUGCAGCCUUUUAUAGGGAGAGGUAGAUGCUGCAAGAGCACACUUUGUGCCUUGCAGGAAUAAAAUGUUCUGGUUUUUAAAAUGUAAGUCUUUUCUGAAACUUGAGUCUCCUGGUUAAUCUUGUUCUUCUGAUGAAUGAAUGCUUGCCAUUUCAUCCCCCAUUUUAUUACAAAUCCUGGUUAAUAGAAGAACCCAUGAAACUGCCUUAAAGUGACUUAAAUUGGCCUGUCUAGUUCAAUAGAUUUUGUUGUUGUUGUUAUUGUUAUGAAGGUUGUUUUUUCAUUCCAGUAGUUAUAAUUGGGAUGAGACGGUGAACAUAUGGAUCUUAUAUCAACUGUAGAAAUUAACCAUAGGACAUUUUUUUUCUUCCACUGAGAAAAGUUAUUUCCUUAUUCUUCCACCUACUACGUGCUAAAAACAAGACAUUUAAAUUAAAAUGCAGUGCUGCUUUUCUGCGGUAAAUAUGUAUCAAGUGGAUUGAUGCGCACUAUAGAAAGCUGCCAUUUAACAAGGAUGUGAGGCCUGAGAAUCCCAUUUUUCUCCUGUAUUAAUGAUUAGUAUAAUAUCAGUAUCAAAACAGCUACCGCUCUUACUACUACUGCAAGACUAGAUCUGGAGAGGACAAAUCUUUCUUUUUUUUUGAAGGAAAAGCUGAAGCUUGAGAAUCUAUGCCUGUUAAAAUAAACAGAACUAUCAAGUUGCUUGUUUAUUUUCUUACCCUUGCUUUUGAAGUAUCAUAGAAAAUAAGAAGUGGGGGAAGAAAUUUGAUUGAGAAUGAAUCUGCUUUUGUGUUUUAAUAUUUUAAAAACUGCACAUUUAAGCCAUGAAUGCAGUAAGACAAAAAACAUACAGGUAAUCCUUGAAUUAUGAAUCUAAUAGAGCCUGCCAAUUACAUUCAUAACCCGAGGAUUCAUUAAUUAUAUCAUGUUAAAUGAAUGAGCCCUCUUCCUUCUUUCUCCAAUGCAUUUGUUAAAUGAAUGUGCAGAUCAUUAAGUGCACGUGAGGUAUCUCAGGGUGGGAAAGACCAUUGGGGGGGGGCUAGUGCUGGAACAGGCCACCUGCUUUCAUCCAUCCAAGGCCUCCCUGUGAGAUAUCUUAUGCUCUGUUUACAACCCCUUGGGGUCCCUAUAGUUCCUUGGGCCUUUUCCGCAUCAACCCCGCAUCACCAAUCACUCCCUUUUAGACGAUCUCCAGAGUUCCAGAACAGGCUGACUCACGUGACAGAAAAGCAGCCAUCUUUUUCUCAGAUGCUGGCGAAGCUGUUUUCCUUAGACCUUGCAUUCUUACAGACAUGUUUUUGCACAGAGGAUGGAAUCAUUUGUAAGAAUGCAAGAUCUAAGGAAAACAGCUUCGCCAGGGUCUGAGUAAAAGAUGACCACUUUUCUGCCAUGAGAUCAGUGUCGCUGUAAGCCUCAUUUGGUCCUGGCCUGGGCGGCACUGCAGGCACCUUCCGCGUGCUGCUGGGUGGCUGGUUUGAAUGAGCGGCUUCAGGGAUUGUGCAAAAGCAGCGGCAGCCAAUCAACAGGCAUUUUUCGCGCUGUGUUUUGGCUGGACGAGGAGGUGAGACCAACGGGCCAUUGGGCAGCUGGCUAGGGCAGCAGCGAGAUAGCUGAGAUGAAGUCAGGGACACUCCAGCCCCUCAUAGCAAACCACUCAUUGCAGUUGCCGGAUGCCAUGUCUGAGAGUCCUGCACCACCCGUGCUUGCUCACCUGUGGUGAACCCACACGGACUCACCACCAUGGUGAGAUGGAAAGCUUGAUACCCAGGUCACUCUGCUCAUGCUGGGUGCACCCCUGAAGAGAUCGGAUGAGCAGGGAGGCAUCUGCCACUGCCAGGUCAGUGCACCUGCUGGCUGCAUCUAGGAGUCCUGCGCUGCCCAUGCUGUGCCUUGGGUGCUGGAGCCUGAGGCCCACUCCCUGGCAGCAGCAGACAGGCGUACCAAGCUGUCCAUUUCUCCAUCUCCACAGCAGCAAAUGGCGAGGUCCACAUGGGGUGGGGAGGAACAAGUGGAAUCUGGUGGACUAGCAAAGCAGGCCUGUGGAGACCCGGCAGGGCAGCAUGGGUGGGGAGAAAUAAGCAGGAGGCAUGUUGCAGCCUGUGCAGUUGGUCAUAAGGGCGAACAACUGCUAUGAUGUUGCAACAUACAUAACUUUGGGACCAAGUCGUAAGUGUGGUUUUGGGGGGGGACAUAACUUUGAACAGUCACUAAGUGAACUGUCAUAACUCGAGGAAUACCUGUAUAGAGGAAAGUAUAGAAAACAAAUUCUAGAUGCUUAAGGGCAGGCUACACCUUUUAAGCAUUCUUCUGAGUCUUCUUCCCAGAAAACUUUUUAAAACAACACUGGAGCACUUUUAAAUGAUUCAUUUUUUACCUACUUUAAGAAAAUGAAUUAUAAUCACUUCCUGCUAUUUGUGGCAAAUGUGAGGGGUCUGCAAAUCUGUUUCCUGAUUAAAAUGUUACAUCAGUGUCAGCAGCCCUCAUGCACUGAAUGCAUGGGCAGCUAGAUCUGCAGCUUGAAAAAUCUUGCACAAUCAAUUGUUUCCACUUCCUUGCUUUUUUUAGUCUCCAGGAAUGUCAGUACUAUUUCAGUUUUCCUCUUUUUUUUUGCUAUCUGUAAUGUUUACUCAUUUCAAGUAUAUUAACACAAGGAUAACCAUGAUACUAAUUAAAAUAUUUACAAGGGGUAUGUGUAUGGAAAGUGGUUCCAGAACCAAAGAUGUUUUUGUUAAUUGUGCUAGGUUGAGUAAAUAAUGCAUACACAAUUGUGGUAUGUAAUCCUAUAUCCUCAUUAUUGUGAGAUGAGAGUGUCUACAGUGCAAAAAAUUAGUACUACUGUGUCCUUGUAUUGUUUUCAAAUAUAAUGUACCCAUACAAUCUUCAGCCAUUGCUUAGAAGUGUAGAAACAGGCCAUGUGUCACAUCUAACUCAUACUUUACAUGACAGAACAUAACUGGAUUUGCAAUAAUUAUUGCAUUGUAUGCCAGUAAAUACACAGACACAAACUAAUCAUCUCUGGUCAACCUCAGGUCCCAGGGCUUGUGUUCUGCAAAUCCCUGAGAAGUACAUGGCAUUUUCUUAACAUUUUAAUGUUAACUACUGUAUACAGCAGAUGCAAUUGCAAUGCUGUGAAUCAGGUUUCAGUUUCCAUUAUUACUCUCGUAUGUGUAUCACACACACUCCCGAAAGGAGUGACAUGUGCUUUUAAGAGGGGCAAGUUGGAAACCAUUAAUUGGCACACCAUGCUACAUUUAGUGGUAUUUUAUGGAUUUCAAAACCAUGGCUGGUUUGUUUCCUAGAUGCUUUUAAUUGUUUUGGAACUUGAUCACCUCUGUCAUGUUAUUAAGAUUCCAAUUUUUACAUCAGAGGAAAUGCCGUUGGAUAAUGGAAAACCUCUGUGUUGAUGUAAAUCUUUUUCCAGCUGGUGAGCUGAGGAGCAUAGCAGUCAAUUUCUGCUGGAAAUUUGACUGUUAUGCUUCAUUUUUCAUGGAAGCUCAGAGAGUUCAGACCAAACAUCCUGUUAGAACAAACAUUCAGGCACACAUUUACACUGUAAUGCAGAUGACAGGCUGUAGGUAGCUGGAUAUACAAAAGAGGAAAACCUGGUUGCCUUCAGUGCUUCUUAUUUGUAAUCUGAACUGCAUCACUAAGGAAUUUAUUGGAAUUUAUUUACAGAAUGGUACUCGUAUAUAUCUAUAUAUAUAUAUAUAUAUGGGAUUUCAAAGAUUCUAUAAUUAAUGCUGUGCAGGAUGGAUCUAUAUAAGCAUGUGUGUGUGCGCGCGCGUAUGUAUGUGUGUGUGUAUAUAUAUAUAUAUAUAUAGAUCCAUCCUGUACAUUGCAGUGGGUGUGAUGAUAGUAUUUUAAUAUUUGUACAAAAUUUAAUUUAAUUUCAAUUCUAUGUAUAUAACUGCAUUUCUAAAUUAAAAUACGUUUUGAAGUGAA